AUGUUAGUUUCACGCUCAAAUGCUUCUUGGAAGUCCGAAGAUAGAACUUCCGGCCAGUUUCCGACAGGUCUCAGAGUACUUCUUGUGGAUGAUGACAACACUUGUCUCAAGAUCGUGAGUAGCAUACUUAAAAAGUGUGGCUAUGAAGUAACCCAAAAAUCUGAUGCAGAGAGUGCGUUAGAUUUACUCCGAAAAAACAAAAACGGGUAUGAUAUUGUUAUCAGUGAUGUCCACAUGCCGGACAUGGAUGGUUUCAAACUUCUCGAGCACAUUGGCCUUGAGAUGGACUUGCCCGUCAUCAUGAUGUCAGCGGACGAUAGCAAAGAUGUUGUUCUGAAGGGUGUUACUCAUGGCGCGUGCGAUUAUCUCAUCAAACCUAUAAGCAUCGAGGCAUUGAAGAACAUAUGGCAGCAUGUCGUUCGGAAAAAGAAGCAAGAGUUGAAGGAAAAGGAUUUUGAAUGCUCGGGAAUUUCGGAAGAUGGAGAACAGCAGCAAAUAUCACCUGAAAAUUUUGAUUAUUCAUCAUCGGUAAAUGAAGUGAAUUAUAAAAAUUUGAAAAAAAGAAAGGACGAGGAGGAUGAUGAAGAAGAAAGAGAUGAUACAUCUGCAUUGAAGAAACCACGUGUCGUAUGGUCAAACGAUCUCCAUCAGCAAUUUGUAAAUGCUGUUCAUCAACUUGGAAUAGAGAAGGCUGUUCCUAAGAAAAUUCUGGAAUUGAUGAAUGUUCCCGGGCUAACAAGAGAGAAAGUUGCAAGCCAUCUUCAGAAGUUUCGACUGUAUCUUCGAAAGGCAUCGCAGCACCAGAGUGGACGUAAUAACGCUUUUAUGGGAGCCCCAGAAGCAUCCUUUGGACCAAUGUCUUUGAUGAAUGGCCGCAAUCGUCAACCUCUUACUGCCACUGGUCAAAUCCCGUCUCGAAGCCUCGCUACAUUUCAGGCCGCAGCACUCAGUAGGCCUACUGCCACAUAUGUGCCCAUUGUUGAUCAAAGAAAUAUUUUCAGAUUUGAAACUCCAAAGUUAACGUCUGAGGACGACCAGCAACAGCUGAAAAAUAACGUUAAGCAAAUGAACUUAUUUCAUGGAAUUUCGAGUAGUAUGAAACCAAAGCAGUUUGCUACUUUGCAUCCUUUUGCUCAGUCCUCUGGGGACAUGAAUAUGGAAGCCGACUACUCGGCACAGAUGGAUCAACCGCAGCAGAUGACUCAAAUAUUCAAUGAUAUUAACGGCGGUAAUGUCUCCAGCUUUGAAUCAUCUGUAGGUCAACCUAAUUUUAUAAAGGUGAUCCCAAGUGGUGUUCAUGGACCAACAUACAAUUCACUUUACCAGCCUUCUACACCGCCUGGCAAUAGUUUUCCUCUUUUGAGUAAUUCUGGGAUGUCAACCCUCACCUCUAAAGGAAUGCUGCAAGAAGAGGUUAAUUCGGAAAUGCAACAGUCGAGAGGUUUCGUUUCCAAUUAUGAUGUUCUUGGUGGACUUGGUAAAAACACCGUACAAAUGGUUAACUCGUCACUAGCUGAUAAUUUCCUAAGGAUCGAGGGCGAAAGACAGCCCGAUACGGGCGUCCAAAAUAAUCCAUUUCCCAGACAACUAAGCGAGGAGGAUCUCUUUACUGCAUUUUUCAAACAGAAUUCUCAGAACCAGUCGAAAAUGACUUUAACUUUGACGGAUACCAGCCGAACAAUCUUCCUCUCUAAUAAAGCUUGUAUGCUCCAGCUUUCUGCUUUUGAGAACAUGUACAUAGUUGCAGUUACAGCGGAAAUUGACCUCUCGGGAUCAUAG